ACGGACACUAGCUACAAUCGUAAAACAGCUACAACAAUCGUAAUUAGAUUUUAUGCGUUCUGAUUUAGGUAAUAGGCCCGUACAGUAUGUCCCUCUCAGGGAGCCGUAUGGCGCUAGCUAUGGAAACAACAACAAUAGUUUAUAGCGUGUGGCUUAUUGACGACAAAUAACGUUACUAGCAAGAAGAACAGCCUUCAGAAAUGACACUUUAAAGAAUCGGUUCAACGCGCCCGGAAGACAGCGAGGAAAUGAUGGUGUUGCCUGUGUGGGGCCUGGCUCUCCCUCUUCCUGCCGUGCUGAUGAUUGUAGUUGGUGUUUACAUGCUAUUCCUGGCGAUGGCGCUGUGGUUCCGCCAGUGCCUCAAGGAACAGUGUUCUCCAGAGUGUGGUGACUGCUGUCCAAAUAUCGCUCCUUGCGAUUACUGUUUGGAAUGUGCAGAGUCGUGCAACUGUCGCACACCAUCAAUGCGCUCGUGCCUCGACCAGACCUGCCCCUCAACCUGCCCCUCUCUUCCUAAUUGUGCUAUGUGGGACUGUGCCUGCACUUGCCAACCACCAGAGUGCGAGUCCUUCAACUGCCUCUGCUUCGAGAUAAAAUUUAGAUAGAUGGAGAAAAUUAGGAGCAGUAGGCUUGGACAGUGGCUCAAGCUGCACAAAGUUUAUAUUCUUUCAACACUGAUUUUAAGGGACAACUUGUGUAUUCCUUUAGGAACGGAAAAGGAAGACGUCUUUCGGUUUUUGAAUUUCUGUGCCAAUUUAAAGAUACUUUAAUGAUGUUAUUAACUGUUCCUGAAUUUGUCAGUGCUCUUUUCUUGUACACUCAGUUGCAUGUAGUGGUAGGUGACAAAGAUUUUCUUGUUUUUGGUAAUUCCAGCACUUUAAAAUUAUACGUGAAUGUGGCUUGGGUUGGGACACAUACUGGCACAGCCAUGGGUUUGAAUCCACCCCACUGCUGUGGUAGGAACCUCUGCUCCUAGUGUACCUUUACUCACUGCCUUAUUCAUGGAAUAACAUGGGGAAAAAAUAAAAAUGGGACCGCCACACUGCUAACCAUUUAAAAUAUACAUUACAAUUAGGUUAAAGUACUGAUUCUCUUCUUAUUUAAAACCCAUAUUGGGUGACAUUUUAAAAUGACACUGCUUUUGUACUUUUUUUAAUAAUAAAAUGCAAAUGAAAAUUU